GUAUAUUUAUUUUUUUUUUUUGAAUAUCACUCCAAAGGGAGAAAAAAGAAACAAUAGGUCUUCUUUGAUAAAACAGACACAAGAAAUAUUGUAUCCCACACUUCAGGAUCCAAGAGAGAGAAAGAGAUGUGUAUCAGUAGCUGUCAAGCACUACCACUGGUUAUUUGAUGUUGAGUUAAUUGAAUUAUGACAUGAUCCGUUGUUAAAGACCUGAUACUAGUGUGUAAACUGAUCAACACUCGGUGAAGGAGCAGAUACACAGAAAUCAGGACAGAGCAUAUGGCAGUAGUGUCAUAAAAAAAAAAAAACGGGACAGCUCACAGUGGUGAAAUUAUCAGAAAAAAAAUAUUUGUACAUAGAUUCAAACAUUUGUGAGACUUGGAUUUUGUGUUUGUGAUUUUUUUCUCCCUCUCCUUGAAUCUGAUUUGUUGGUGUUGUAACACUGGGUCAUCCGGGGACAGAAUGUGGAGUGAUGUGGGAGAGCCCACGUCCUGUGUCCUCUCCCUCCAAGUCUCCUCCGGUCAGACCCCCCACCACCUCGACUUCUGCCCCAGCGUCCGCCUCCUCCUCCUCGUCGGGGGGAACCACUGUACAUAGACCUAUUCCACUGCCUCUUAGUGUUGCACAGGAAAAAGACUGGUUGUUAAUUCGGACCAAAAUGCCUGUCUGCAUUUGGCCGGACACCUGUUUAUUAGGAUGUGCCUUAAACGAUUUAGGGGGAAACAAGUUUCAGCCCCCCUUGGCAGGGUUGAUGAUGUACAACAAUGAACACUUUGCCACACCCCCACCAGCACACAUGGGUAUACCACCUGUACAUAUAGACCCCAAAUCAGGUUUACCACGACAUCCCAUGUAUGCCUACCCUGCCCCAGGCCAGUUUCCCCCUCCUAGUCUCUAUGGGCCAGACCUCUCACAAGUUCAAUGGAGAGGACACUCUGGCUACCCUAUUUCCUCAGGUGCCUUCUCUGGGCCUUACCCACCCUCAUUAGUCAACACCUCCUCUCUCUCACGAUUUGGACAUCCCGGUCUGUUCCCUCCCCCUGGCCUUCACCCGGGGAUGCCCCACCCAUCUAUGGUUUCCCCAGGAACCAAGCAAGAACCAAACCCUCAUAACCAAGACAGAAACAGUACCUUAGAUCAGUAUGGUGGGGGUGGCCCAAACUCUGGUCAUCAUCCCCCAGAAGAUAAAAAGAAAAACCACAUAAAGAAACCACUCAAUGCCUUCAUGCUCUUUAUGAAAGAGAUGAGGGCACAAGUGGUGGCUGAAUGCACGCUUAAAGAAUCAGCAGCCAUUAACCAAAUUUUAGGGCGACGAUGGCAUGCGUUAGACAGAGCUGAACAGGCUAAAUAUUACGAAAUGGCAAGGAAGGAGAAGGAGCUACAUAUGCAGCUGUACCCAGGCUGGAGUGCCCGGGAUAAUUAUGCUUGUCACACGAAAAAGAAGAGAAAGAAAAAGGAUGGUACCCCUAGCAAGGGUAUUCUGUAUUGUCUUGCAGACUGUAGUAAUCCUAAGAAAUGUCGAGCUCGGUACGGGGUAGAUCAACAGAAUCAGUGGUGCAAGCCCUGUCGGAGGAAGAAGAAAUGUAUUAGAUACAGAGUGGAUGAAGAUGGGAAUGAGUAUUUUUAUGAUGGCGAUGACAUAUUAAGUGACAGUUUUGCUAACGAUGACUCGGUUAACGAUAGCGAUUCCAUGACAGGAAGUCCAAUGUGUCGCUCGGUGACCAGCGACGAUGCAUUUUCCUCGCCAUCAAAGACUUUCUGUCGCAACUCACCCUCUCCAUUGAACCUUGCUGCCAGGGCUGGUGGACGACUGGAUUUGCCGAGCGAAAGCAGGAAUGGACUGUUACAUAAUGCUGGCCAUCAGAGGUCUGGGGAGUUAGAAGAAGCAUGUCAGGAAAUGGACGAUUUAGAUGUUACCCUCACAUCGACCCCUGUGAAAUCGCAUCAUCGGAACAAUAACAUACCAGUCACUUAAUACACAAAACCAUGGGAUCAAUUUUUUUUAUUACUCUGUGAAUGAAACAGAAAAUUUUUAUUUUGAAAUCAUCAUUCAUUUAGCAUGAAAGUUAUUUCUUUUCCCUUCAGAAGAUUUGUAAAUAUCAUUAAUGAAUUUUCUUGAGUCCACGAGUUGCUGCAAGGCAUAAUAAGCAAUUGAUCUCAUGUCAUUUAGUGUUUACCUCAUGUUUCAAGUGAAUAAGUUUUUGUCAGUCUCAGUGCACAUGCUCAAACUUCCCAGACCAUAAUCCUUUGCACAAAAUGGAAACCUUGUGAGGAUUUUUGAAUGGACCUAUCUGAACAAAUCUUUUCCUCUGCAGUUUAGAGGGAAUGUGAUUGUGAUUAUGUGAAGUAGUGAGAAUUAUCAUUUAGAGUUUAUGCCUUUUAUAAGUGUGAGGUCAUGUGAGACAAAUGUUCAUACUAUCAUGAGAUUUUUUUUUUUCUUUUUAUAUAUAAAUAUAUCUAUUUUAAAUGAUACAAAUUAAGUUCAGUUGUAUGUAUACCGGAGUAGAACUGAACUUGCCUUAACAUGUCCAGUUGUUGUGAAGUCUGUAUGAAUUAUCUCCCAUUAUUGUUAUGAUGUAGUAUUACAAUUAUAUCAUUAUUUGUAUGUGUUAUUGAAGAAGUACGAAGUAUACACAAAGGUAGGCGAAAUUGUGUAUCACUCAUGCAGGAAAAUAUGUACUCUCUAUACUUUUAGUAUUUUUCUAAAAAACCUAAAUAAUAAUUUGGUAAUGGAUAAUAGAUUAUCAUAAGAAUAUACAACACGAUCAAUUACGCUAUGUUUUUCCUUAAAUGUACUUGUUAAUACUUAAAAAAUUUUCUAUCUCUAGCAUUUGAAAUAAGCUGAUGUUUAAUUUCUGUUUAGAAUCGUCCAGAAUGCAAUUUGUGAUAUUUUCAUACUACCAUGUAUAUCAAUUACAGAGAAUGAGCUAUAGACACAAAUCUAUAUAUUCACAGGAAGGUAUUAGAUGAUUUAUACUCCAACCAAACCUGAGCCAGAUGCCAGGUUGGGAAUUUUAUGUAUCAAUAGUGGUUUAGGAUGUUAAAACCUGUUUAGUCCUUAUAGUAUAAAAUCUUAAUAUUUUUAUUCUCGGAACAGAGAAUUUUGACUUACAUGUAUUAAUGAGUGAGGUGAUCAACUAUGAACUGUUGAUCAGGGAGAAUUCAUUUGGUGCAUCCCGAGAACAUUCACAAGUAGUAUCAGUUAUUUAUUUAAAUAAAUCUACAAAUAAUGCACAUAUUUUAUAUUCUAGAAUGAAUGCAUUUACUCUGAGUUACUUGGGGAGGUGUUAUCAUUUUGAGAAAAACUGAUUUCACAUUGGAGCAGCAAUAUUCAAUUCACAUUUGCAAAGCUAAAAUGUGAACCAUUCCACAAUCACUUGUACACAAUCUGCAUCUUUUAAAUGUUUAUAUACACAUUGAACAACUGUGUUAAUUCUCAAAGAAUUUAUGAAGAAAAUCAUUUUUAAAACAAAAAGAAAAAAAAUCAUUAGGAAAGCCUGAGGUGAUUAAAUUAAUUUUACAUUGGUUGUAGAGUUAUUUGUAUUUUUGUGAAUCUUUUAAUGUUUUGAAGCACUUUUUGAAACCUUUUAUCAUUUUAAACAGGUGAACACAGCUUUUAUUCUUGGAUGUUAUUUCAACUUAAUUCAUACAUCUAUUUAAACUAAUGUCAUAUGUUAAAAAAGUGCAAUACUUGGUUUCCAGAUUUAAUAUACAUGGUACAUAGUUACAUUUUAAUUUACCCUUAAGUUUAUUUCACAUCAUUGUCAUGUCAAAUGUUUUAAUCAUUUCAAAGAAAUCGUAUACAUAUGUAAGUGAAAAUUGGUUAUAAAUGUGAUUAAAAAAGACUUUUAAUAUGAACUGAGUAAAGUUAGGAUAUUUUCGGUACAAGUGGAUUUCUGAGAGAGAUUAAUGGGCUAGGUUUGAGAGUGGCACUUAAAGAAAAUUCUCAGAGCUUAGUUUGCUUUUUGAUACAUUUCAGUUCCUUUUGUUUUAUUUCCUUUUGUCACAAAGUGACAUCAAAAUCCAUAUUGGAAUAGUGCUAUUUUAAAUAUUUGCUGUGUAUAUCUUUCAUUUGCACAAGGCAGUUUUGCUUUUAUUUUGCAAUUUGUGUAUUUCCUUAUGUUAGCAUUUUAACAUCAAAAUUAUUUUUGCCUUUUAUAUACAUAUACUUGUAAAAAAAAAAAUCUUUUUUUUUUAACUUGGAGAUUUCUUUUAUUCCUUUAUAGCUGGAAAGAAGAUUAUUAAGAUAAUUUGAAAAAAGGCCUCUUCAUGAAGAUAACUUUUAAAAACAUGUUUCAUAUUUUUUUUGGUACAUUACUGAUUUCAAUGAUAUUAAUACAAACUACAUGUAAUAGUAUUUAAAUGAGUACAAAUGAAUUUUACUUGUUUUUUUUUAAUGAUUGCAAAUUUAAAAUGUUUUUUUUUUUAAACUUUUUAUAUGCUCUAGUUGAAAUGUUUGCUUUUAAUAAGUGAAAGAUUUCAUUCAAAAAAUGUUGUCCCUAAGACUUACACUGAAUUAGCUAUAAAACAAAACCAAACGAUAAGCUAUAUGUAGUGGAUGUCCACUGAAGUUGCCACUUUGUGUGAAAAAACCUAGUGAACAAAUUUGCUUGCAAAGCCAAAAUCAUUUUUUUACUGCCGAAUUUUUGUUAAUUUUUUAGCAGCUUUGUUUUCUUUUAAUUUCUAGAAUGUGUGUGAAAUGUUAUAAUUAUGUAUAUCAGUUUAUGUUGCACAUAAAACCAGAGUUGUAUAACUAGUUGAUAUUGUUCAGCUAGAAUUGGUGCUUAUUAUUUCAUUUGCUUAUUCACUUCAGAGGUAGCCUUGACCUCUUAGAGGUGUCCUUGACAUUUCUUAGGUGUCACUCUCAAUGAUUUGUAAGACAUCUUUUUUUAUACAUUUGAUUUGUGUAUUUAUAUGUUAAAGCAUUUCUUGUUUCUGUAAUAAACCUCAAUUGAAACUGAAUUUAAUAUUAAA